AUGCUCGCCCACCUCCCACCCCAUCCACAUCCACAUCCACAUCCACAUCCACAUUCACAAUCGCAAUCGCCCUUUCUUCUCCAACUACCUCUCCAACAACAGCAAUUCUACCCCCCCCACCCACAUCACCUACAUAAAUCUCUUCCUCCAACUUCUUCUUCAGACUUGCCUGACGACGGCGAGAGUGUUGCCCAAUACAAGGCUUUUCGCCACCGACUACAUACGCCUUCCUCUUCGCAAGACUCCUCCUUCGCCAAGCUGCCUGAAGCCCAACAGCAGCUCCAGCACCAACUGCAGGAACUGGAGCAGGCGCAAGGGCUGCAGUACUAUUGCGCACCUCCCCUCACCCCCGCGGCCUCGCAUUCGCAUUCACAUUCACAUUCGCAGCCUCCUUCUUUCCCCUCGUCGUCGCCGCCACCCGGUUCAGCUGCCGCCUCCCCCACGUACUCGUCUGCCGCCUUCUCCACCCAGAACUCUCCUUCCACGGACUUCUGCUCCUCCUUCCAGGAUUCCGGCGUUGUGUCUAUGCCGGAAACCUCUUUCUCUCCCCCGGCUGGCUUGUCGCACACUCCUCCGGUCAGAAUCAUACAUAACUCGUCUCCUCCCUUCGGGGGCUCGGUCUAUGAUCCAGAUCACUUUCCAUCCAUGCUUUUGCAAAACAGCCUCCCCCUCGGUAGCAAUCUUUGGAACAGCCUCGUAGACCCUACCAAGUUCGAACCUCUACCCACUGCACAACGACCACCUCGUCGUGCCCUCUACAACCAAUACCAGCACCACAGAGCUGUCUCGGAGUCAUCGGCUCUCCCGAACACUACUACCCUGUCGCCAUCCAACCCUCCUGUCUCGUCAUACCCUGCUUCCUCUGUCAACUGUCCAGAUCAACCACCUCAUGACUACCAGCAGUCAGAGGUAGAACUGGCAAUGAGAAGAGGUAUUCUGGAACAACAACAACAGCAACAACAGCAACAACAGCAACAACAACGGCAGCAGCAGCAGCAGCAGCAGCAACAGCAAGCAGCGGAGGAUGACAAAUCGUUUCCUUUAUCUGUUCCUCCUUCAGUGUCCACAUUGAGUCACAACUCUCCGGUAACACCUCACGCGACUUACUCCGAAGACUUCGAAGAUGGUUCUAAGCCCAUGUCACAUGGUGAGGGCACAUAUCCCGACGUCGAUAAGUGGAUGGAUGAUUACUUACGUUUUGAUGACCGUGUAGAUUUCAGUGACCACAGCAGCACUCCGAUGGGCGUUCCAAAGCUGACUAGGACCAUCUCUGACAUCUACCAAGACGAAUUAUAUAACCCGAACGCUUCUACCACGCCAAAGCCAUCCAUGCAAUUCUCUACCCAAAACGCGAAGAUGUAUUCUCCUUACCAUCGCAAUAUCAUUACAGACCGGAUACAGGCUGCGCACCAAGGCCAUAUCUCUGACCAAUCGCAAUCCCGCUCGACGUCAGCAGCGCGCCACCGGUCCCCGUGGAGAGAUAACUCCCCGUUCUUGCACGAGCAAGCUGCAUUUAACGAUGCACAGAUGUCGCAGUCUCAACCUUUUCCGGAUCAAUUGAAUCUUGCCGCCCAACAGCAAUCAAAUAUGUUGAUGGGCCCGGCACAGCCGGAACCAAAAACCAUCUCGCCCAAGGACGCGUUACUUGAGUACAAUGAGUCUCCGGACGAUGCGAACAUGUCGCUGUUCCCGUCGCAGCCUGAAGCUUCUCAGUAUCGCGUGUCGCCAAUGGGCAACUCUGCCACCUUCCAUAUUCCACAUAUGGAGCAAUACGCAAACCAAUAUGACCAACACAAAAACAAUAUGCCGCAGCAGUUUGGCUACAUUCAUCAGCAGCAGAUCCCUCUCCAGCUCUCGGGCCAGCAACAACAUCAACACCAGCCGCAGCCAUCGCAACCGCAACAGCGACAACAGGCCCGUCGGGCGCAUCCGCCUCAAGGCCAACGGGAAAAUAACCUUGUCCACCACACGCCUGAAUUCCCACGUCAACUGCCGUCUAUGGACUCUACGUCUAGCGACACGAACACAUCUGCGAGCAACAGAUCGCCUUUAAGAGCAGCGCCAACAUCGAACCCCACUGGUGAACCUGCAAAGCGACCGGAUGAUACUUCCUCUGAUGGAGGCACAUACAGCUGCACCUACCACGGAUGCAUUCUACGCUUCGAGACACCUGCGAAACUACAAAAACACAAGCGGGAAGCCCAUCGCCAAACGACCCCUGGGUCACACGCAAUGGUGCGCGAUUCGUCAACCGGUUCUCUGGCAAUGCGCAACUCCCAAGCGGGACCUCACCGCUGCGAGCGCAUCAAUCCAUCUACGGGCAAACCUUGCAGCUCUGUCUUCUCCCGCCCCUACGAUCUUACGAGACAUGAGGAUACGAUCCACAACUCCCGGAAGCAGAAGGUGCGGUGCCAUCUAUGUACAGAGGAAAAGACAUUCUCCCGCAACGAUGCCCUGACACGGCACAUGCGGGUUGUCCACCCGGAAGUCGAUUGGCCAGGCAAGCAGAAACGCAAGUCAAGGGAUUGAAGGGAGAAUUCAACCAACCAGGCCUUGUAUGCCUUUCACCCUUGACUAUGCUUUUUCUCUCCUUUCUUUUUUUCCGAGAGCACACUAUUUUUCAAGGAAAAACGCAGGAAAACAAAAACAAGACGCAAUUCCCCACUCAAUCCUUAGCACAACUUGCGCUGCCAUUUCCAUCCAAGCUUACGCUUCCGAAAGGAAAGCCCCGAGGAAAGCUUACGUUAUGCAAUGCAUCAUGUGUUGCGCGCGCUGUUUUUCCGUGAGGAAGCCGGCGCAACCACGCAAGCCCGGAACAUCGAAAAAGCAGAACAAGCUGGAGACGGAGCUAAGGCACGAUGACGCCAGCCGCCAAGAAGAGUUAUGACGGACGCCAAGACG